AUGUCGAAAAUAGCACCUGAUGCCGCGUUCAUUGCCGUUCCGGCCAAUGGCGGUGAGAUUUUAUUUUUUGAAUUUUAUCAAAUACGAAAGUUGAACUCAAAAAAAAUUUUGAAACAUUUUUUAGACGGUUUUUUUGUCAUGCAACCUUGGUAGCUAAUGAAUAGACCAACUAACCGAAAAUUCCAAAAUUCAAGUUUUCCGAUGAGAUUUUUAAAAUUUGUGAUUUUUUGACUCGCAUCCGAGUAAGCUUAAAAGGGCCAAAAAGUCCAAAUUACUGACUUUUAAAUUUUCAAAUUUGGCCUCGGUUCGCAGUGGGAGCCCUGAAUAAGACCAAGUUCUCUAGAUGUAUUUUUUCACGCAGAUCCUAAAUCUGGUUUCAAAAAAUUCCCAGCAGAUCUGUGAAAAAAGUUAUGGACCUUCAAAGUUUAAGUGUCUCCAAUUGCUCGCAUUCCCUUACGUUUGGUGGAGCACGCCUAGUCUUGAAAAAUUUUUUGGAGAAAAUUUAUUUUUUUCAUGUUAACAGAAGAACGAGACCCAUAUAUGCUCAAAAAAUGAGCUCAAUCGGAAUCACUGAAAUUUUCGACUUUUGAGGGUCCAUAACUUUGUUCACAGAUAUUUUCGGCAGUUUUUAAGAACAGAUUUGGAAUCAGCGUGAAAAACUGCUUCUAGUAAACUUGGUCUCAUUCCGAUUUAUUUCGGCCCCCCUCCAGCUAUCAUGAAUAGACUAAACGAAGAAAUCAAAGGAAUUUCUUGUUUCCAGGUGGAAAUCCGCUUGCCACGAAGCGCCAGGUCCCUUCGUGGAAAUACCAGCUUCGACCAAGUCGCAUUCUUCUGGUGGUGCUGCUGACCAUCUUCAUCAGAAGCAUGCUGGAAAUCGCCUACGGAGAUACUCUUCACCUCCAGCCGUCGUUCUGCAUCUUCAUCUUUACCUUUGUGUUCUUUUUCACCGGGAUUGGAGAACAGUUGGGAUCCUUCCAAGCGACCCCCGAAGAGCAGGAGGAAAUGAGAAACCGCGAGCCGACCUUCUUCGAGAGCAACCUGCUCCAAAUCGCGACCUCCUUCUUGUUCCUCUUCUACAACCUCGUUCUGUACCUGGGUCUCGAUGAACUUUUCGCUUGA